AUGGCAGCGCGUGAUGAGCGGCGCCCCGCGGCUCGUGCCGCGUCCCGGCGUCGCCACGCGUGCCGCGGGCCGCUGAUGCUUCUCGUCGUUCUUGCCAUGCUCUGCGUGAGCCCCGCGGCCGCGCGGAUCCCCGGAGGCGGCCUCCGGAGCCUGCUUCAGCCUCCGCCAAUGGGUGGCAUGAACGGGGGCGGGCCGAACGCUCCGGCGUACACGCAGCCGUCCGGGAGCCAGUCGAGCAGCUCCUGCGCGGUGACGAGCGGGUCGUGCGCGGAGGACGGCAGCUCGAACAGCUUCGACGGUGGGAAUCUGGCGUGGAGCAACGGGCGGUUCCAGGGCUCGCUCCUCACGAACCAGUGCCCGCACUACACCUACUCGAACGGAAGGCCCAGCGCGUCCUGUCAAACGCACCAGAUCCCGGACCCGAGUUUCGCCAACGGAGCCUCCGGCGCGCCCCUCCUCGGCGUCGUCGGGUACAGCUACGUGUCGGCAACGACCGGAGGAAUGCCCAUCUACGGUCCGUUUGAGGCCGGGUUCAGCGAGGGCCAGGCGUGCACGAACGGCCGCGGCUCGUGCCCCGCCGGCAUGGACGUCCCGACGUGCGAGGCGAAGCUUGUGCACGAGUGCGGGCAGAGCAACGUCGCGCAGGGCAUGCUCCCGGACUCGUGCGGCGCGCACGCGUCGCCGUACCACUUCCACCACGGGAUGGACUGCCUGGACCGCUCGUCGACGGGCCACUCGUCGCUCGUGGGCGUCGCGCUCGACGGGUUCGGGAUCUACGCGAAGAACGAGGACACGAACGCCAAGCCGACCGACCUGGACGCGUGCGGCGGGCACAUCGGAGUCGCGCCGUCGCCGGACGGCUCCACGAACGGCACGUUCUACCACUACCACAUCCAGGAGCAGGGGCCCUUCACGCUGGGCUGCUACAGCGGCGGACAGCCCAAAACAGUGUCGGAGUGCAAGGCGCUGCAGACUGAGGCGUGCGACGGCACGCGCGGCACCUACACGACCUCGGAGGGCAGCAUCGAGUACGACCUGUGGUGCCCAUGCUACGAGUCGGGCCAGGCCCCGCGCCUCGAGGGCGGCGCGCAGCCCAGCAGCACCUCCGCCACCACCGCCCCGCCCUCCGGCGCCACGCAGGCGCCCGCAACGAACGCUCCGGGCAGCACGCAGGCCCCGCAGGCCACCACGCCGCCCCCCGCGCCGACGCAGGCCCCGCCGCAGCAGGCAACAAUCUCCGUCAGCUUCACGGCCACCUUCAACUCCGCCAGCGACGACGGGUCCCUCAACGACGACGAACGCAGCCGGAUCGUCGCGGCGGUGCUCGUUUCGAUGGGCUCUCCGUCCGGCGCCGAGGUCGUGUCGUCGUCGUUCACGCGCAUCUCGAAGCGCCGCAGCCUGCGCGGGCUGGGGUCGUACAGCGUGGACGUGGAGGUGCGGACGAACAGCGUCGCGAGCGCGACGGUGGCGGCGGACGCGACGACGGACGCGAGCCUGCUGGCGGCGUUCCUGGCGCAGGGCGUGCAGGCGUCGGCGGUGUCGUCGACGCGCGCGAGUGCGAGCGCGGCGAGCACGGGCGGCGGCGGGUCGGCGGCGGGCGCGGCGGGGAUGUCGGCGCUCGCGGUGGUCGCCGCGGGCGUGGCUCUCCUGCUGCCGUGA